GUCGCACCCGUGUCGGCAUGCUGGCUUGAAUAUGUCCACGUUGCCGGUGUUAAAAAGACUCCUACUUCAUGAUAUUUAACUGUGCGUGUGUUUGAUUUAAAACUAUCACUCUAGAUCACGUGGAUGCUCAUGACACGCUACCCCACCGAGUAAAGCCACGGAGCCUUAGUAGAGUGUACAAGCUCGCUUUUAUGCCUCAGUUCUGACGGAUUUAACAUUCCCAAUAGUGUAGACAAGGUUUGCAAUAAUCAUGGCAGGUAAGGGACGUGGAGUGGCUGCUUUCACCUUCAACAUCGAAGCUCUGGGCAUCGGCAGAGGCAGCAUGCCAGAAGCCAGGGUGGGGCCCAGUCCACUCUUUCCAGUCACAGACUUCAAGCCUGUGCCACUGAAGGUUGGUGAAGAGGAGGACUACAUGCUGGCUCUCAAACAGGAAAUGAGGGGAACCAUGCAGCGGAUGCCAUACAACAUCAAGUUCCACUCCAAAAAGGCAGAUGUGGAGAAAUACACUGAGAGAUACUUGAAGCAAAAGCAGAUAGAUGAUGAGGAAUGGACACCAGACUGGAAUAUCUUCCCAAAAGAACUGAUGCCACAAAAGAAGAAAACAAGAGUGAAAGCAGGCUCAAAAAAGAAGAAAACAGUGAAGAUAUCCAGCAAAGAUGCAGAAGACGUGUUGACUAAAUUGAAUGAGCUGGAGAAAAAAGACGGAGGUGACAAGUCAGACGAAGACAAACCACAGAAGACAGGAAAUGAAGAGGAGGAAGAGGAGGACAUUGAAGGCGAGGAAUAUGAGGAAGAGGAAGUUGAGGACAAUGACUACAUUGAAAGCUACUUUGACAAUGGUGAAGACUUUGCGGCAGGCAGCGAUGACAAUAUGGAUGGAGAAGCAACAUACUGACUCUUACCUCAAUGACUUUAAUUUAUUUUCAUUAUAUAUUGGGUUGGACUGCUGUAAAAUGUAUUGUUUAUAUUGUAAAAAAAAAGUUUUCUUUAAAGAAUUGUAAAUAACAAUGCCAUGUAUCCAUGCUGGCAAUAUUUGAAAAUAGUUUUCUUUAUUCUCCAGCCUGUAAGAACAUUUCCACAGGUUGAAAGGCACAUACUGUCAACAGAAAAAUGCUUUUCCAUAAUCUACACAAGUAUUGAAGUAAAAGGGCUUUACACAAAACCUGUCAUAAUUGAGUCAUUGGAGGAAUAUUUUCCAAUGAGCCUAAUAUUUUUUUAAUGACAUUUCCUCAGUUUAAAAAGAAAGUACAUCACUAAUUAACUUCCAUGAGUGUACAAUGGCACAAUAGUCUGGAAAUAUAUUAUUUCUAAAUUAGAACAAUGAACAUGAUUCAUCCUAGAAAUAACCAUGUCGUAUGCAAAACGGACCAAAUACAAUAAAAUAACUUUAAGCCCAAAUGCAUAAUUAAACAUUUCAAAGAAUGGACAUGAAUUGUCCAUACUUAGGGAACAUUGCAUGUGGCUUCAAAGGCAGCAGCAGCAUGAAU